AUGAGCCUCUUUCCCCCUCCUCCUGCUCCCGUGAGCCCGCUCAACCGCUACCGCUUGCUCUCGCCAACUGCCUCGGUGAGAGUCAGCCCGCUGUGUUUGGGUGCCAUGAACUUUGGCUCAGCAUGGAAGGACUUCAUGGGAGAUUGCGAUAAGGCAACUUCGGAGGCCAUUUUGGACUUUUUCUACGAACAGGGAGGCAACUUCAUCGACACGGCAAACAAUUACCAGUACGAGGAAUCGGAGGCCAUCAUUGGUGAAUGGAUGAAGAAGCGAGGAAACCGCCAUGAGAUGGUGAUUGCGACAAAGUACACCACCUGCUACAAGCUGGGACCCGCUCGUCCUCAUAUCGCGGCCAACUUCACUGGAAACGGAACCAAAAGCCUUCACGCGUCUGUUGAAGCAAGCUUGCAGAAGCUGCAGACCGACUACAUCGACCUGCUGUACGUGCACUGGUGGGACUAUGCCACCUCGAUUCCCGAGUUGAUGCAGUCCCUGAACGCCCUUGUUGUGUCCGGAAAGGUCCUGUAUCUGGGCAUCAGCGAUGCUCCCGCCUGGGUGGUGAGCAAGGCAAAUGAGUACGCCCGCAACCACGGCUUCCGCCAGUUCUCCGUCUACCAGGGCCGCUGGUCCGCCGCCAACCGCGACUUUGAGCGCGACAUCAUCCCCAUGUGCAGGGACGAGGGCAUGGCCCUGGCCCCCUGGGGCGCCCUCGGCGCCGGCAAGUUCAAGACGGAGGAGCAGCGCAACUCGGAGGUCGGCCGUAAGGUGCAGCUGACCGAGACCGACAUUCAGGUCAGCAAGGUGCUCGAGAAGAUUGCCCUCCGUAAGAACACGGCCCUCACGAGCGUCGCGCUGGCGUACGUGAUGCACAAGACGCCCUACGUCUUCCCCAUCGUCGGCGGCCGCACCAUCGACCACCUCAAGGGCAACAUCGAGGCGCUCACCCUGCAGCUGACCCAGGAGGACAUUGAGGAGAUUGAGAGCGCGUAUCCGUUCGACAUUGGCUUCCCCAACAGCAUGCUGUGGGGAGGUAAAGAGCCCGCUGCGUCGCCGCAGAAGAUUUGGCUCUUUGAAGCUGCUGCCCACUUUGAAUAUGUCCCCCUCACCAAGGUAUGUGCUUGA